CCAUUCUAUCAAAAUUCAGCAUGAGACCUUUUCAUGACAAAAGACACGUUGGUGAAACCACGUUUCUAACAACAAGCGUCCCCAAUCGUUUGACACUUUAUCAUUCCGAGAGCCUUUAUCGUCUUGGAUGCAAUCGCUCCAGUGGUACAUCCGCAUUAACGGUCAAACUGCAGGAGUCAACUUCCCAAUCGCACAAUUUUAAACGGACAACAAAGAAGUUUCAUCCGCAUGAUGGAUGA